AUGGAUCCCUCCCUCAAACGCGCCGUUUCUACCGACGACGAGAAUCAAGAGCCCGAGGCUAAGCGACAACGAACUAUCGAACCCGACUCCCGCUCUGUUACACCAGCCGAGGUCGACUUAUCAGAGAGACCGAUUUAUAAUGUGGUGAGACGCCCGAAUGCCGAAGACUUCGGCAGAGAUGGGCUACGACGUUCUAUCGGUGUGGCGCUGAAGCACGUGGGUUUCGACGCUGCUACUCCUGAUGCCCUAGAGGGGUUUACGGAGACGGUUGACACGUAUAUCACUGGCUUCAUCGAGCACCUUCGCCGUAUCGCCAAUGCGGCAAGAAGAAACGAACCUAUACCCGAAGAUUUCGAGCUCAUCCUUCGUCGUCACGAUGUUGACCUAUCGUCUCUAAAGCUACAUCUUAAGAAUCCUGUACGGAAAGAGUACGUUGCGCCAUCGUUCUUCGACCCGGUAACGGAAGACGUCCAAUACCUUCAGAAGCCGCGGCCAUUUCUAGGUGAAGAAUUGUCUGGAGAGAAAGAAAAAGAGACCCGACCGUGGAUACCCAAGAAUUUUCCUGCAUUUCCCAGCGCGCAUACCUACCGAUUCACCCCCGCGGAGCAGGAGCCCGAUGUCGAAAAGGAGCAAUUGCAGGCGGAAGCAGAUGCGAAGAAAGGCGAGGCAGCGCUGAGACGAAUCAACCGGGCUGCUAGAAUUAGUCGACAGAAGGAGCUCAGAAACGUCGCGCAGCGCGAUCCGCUAAGCCGCAAACGACACCAGAAUUGGGAGGACAUGAUGUCUGACUUGCUACCCAAGGCCGGCCCAGUGACGAGUAGUGCGCCAGAUAUUGCCGACCAUAGCUCGAUUGUUAAUUUCGGGACCAAAUAUGGACGGAAGGGAAUACCUAAAAACAGCCGACGACCACAGGCUGACCCCUUCAAUGGCAUGAUUUGA